AUGGUUCAACUCUUCAGAGUCAAAGGAACAACAGAGGGAACAAAUAGCUACCGUUUCUCGAGAAAACUGCACAAGUCAACUGCCCCAGCUGUAAAGUUUCUGCUUGCACACGCUACAGUGCAGAAACAAUACAGCAGUUUACAUCAUCCUAGUUAUGUCACCAAUGCAUUAUUAACAUCAAGGAAGAGAACCUGGUUCUCUAUAGUGUUUGGUGGACACUCGACUUCUAUCAAUUGGAUAUCGGCAUGCCAAUCAGCAAAAGAAAUCCGGGAGGCUCUUCAGACAGCUCACGAAGGAACAACACAGGUUAAGCAAUCCAAGAUCGACAUGCUCACAACUGAAUACGAGAUCUUCAGGAUGAAAGAUGAUGAAUCCAUCCAAGAUAUGCAUACUUGCUUCACCUCCAUCAUUAAUGAGCUUCACUCUCUUGGUGAAACUAUUCCAAGAAACAAGCUUGUCAGAAAAAUCCUUAGUGUACUGCCCAGUUCUUGGGAAAGCAAAGUGAAUGCCAUUACAGAGGCGAAGGACUUGCAGACACUGACCAUAGAUGAACUUGAGUGCCCUCUCCUAAAGCAAGAUCAGUACAAAAACAACUUUCACAAAGCAGCCAAGAUGAACCCGGUUUCUGAUAAACGCUUCAAGAGAAUGAAUGCCGCUGACAAUGUUAUAAAGCAAGCUCUUGCUGCAUGGGAAAACUCCUCCAGUGAGUCUGAAGAAGAAAAUGAUCACGGUGAUAGUUUAAUGAUGGCAGUGGAAAGUGAAGCAACUGAUCUUAUAAAUAAUAAAGAUGCUUUAACUGUGGAGUUAGGAGAAACAGAACAAACCAGAGAUGACUUAGUAAUCGCUGUUAUUGAUUUAAAGGAAACAAUUGAGAUCUUGAAGAAAGAGAAGGAUGCCUUAGAUGAAAAAAUUGCACAUAUAGAACAUGAAAGAGAUGAUCUAAUGGUCGUUGUGAUAGACCUAAAAGAGAGCUUUGAGUGUGUAAGAAAGGAAAAAGAAGUCUUAGGUGAGAGAGUUGCUAACAUUGAGCAUGAGAGAGAUGACCUAUUAGUAGUGGUAGUGGACUUGAAGGAAAUAAUUGGGGAACUUAAAAUGGAGAGUAGGCCUGAAAAUUCUCAAAAGAGAAAGGAAGUUGCAAGUGAGGCACACAUUAAGCUUGAAAGUGAGGAGGCUGGGUCAUGCAAGCUUCAUGUCGCUGAACAAAUUGGUCAGGAAGGACCUGGUUCGUGGUGCAUGAUCAGGUCCCUUCUGAACAAGACUCCAUAUGAACUACUGAAUGGAAGGAAGACCAAGCUGACACAUCUAAGGACUUUUGGGUGUAAAUGUUUUGUUCUCAACAAUAGAAAGGAAGCCCUUGGAAAAUUCGAUGCCAAAAGUGAUGAAGGAAUCUUUCUCGGAUACUCAUCUCAAAGCAAAUCUUACAAAGUAUACAACAAAAGGACUCAAUGUGUUGAGGAAAGUAUACAUAUGAACUUUGAUGAAUCUCACCUCUCCUGUGAGAAAGACAGUCACGCUAAUCAAGAUGGAAAACCUUUAUCUGUUCCAGGAGAAGUUAUUGACAUGGCAAAUGGAAGAGCAGACGUGAUGAGUCAUGUAAAGGAAUCCAGUGAAGAUGAUGCGAGUACACCUCCAUCUAUUGGAGAGAAAUCUGGUCCACUGAUCACACCAACUGAAGCUGAAAAUAGAGUUGUUGAUGCAGUCCAAGGUACUCCACUUGCUGAAGUAAGAAGCACCCAAGAACCUUAG